AUGGAUGUGGUAAUAUGCAUAUCCAUCAAAUCAGAUCAGAAAGCUAAAAACAACUCUCGAAAUAAGAAUAUUAUAAACAAACUAAGGAAAGGAUUGUGGUCUCCAGAAGAAGAUGAGAAGCUGAUGAGAUACAUGUUGAGCAAUGGACAAGGUUGUUGGAGUGACAUUGCAAGGAAUGCCGGUCUCCAAAGAUGUGGGAAGAGUUGUCGUCUUCGUUGGAUUAAUUACUUGCGCCCUGAUCUCAAGCGCGGCGCUUUCUCUUCCCAAGAGGAGGACCUUAUCAUCCAUUUGCAUUCUCUUCUUGGCAACAGGUGGUCACAAAUUGCUGCUCGUCUUCCAGGAAGAACGGACAACGAAAUCAAGAACUUUUGGAACUCCACAUUGAAGAAAAGGUUGAAACAUCUCAACAACUCCACAUCCUCAUCUUCUCCAAACGACAGCAACUCAUCGGCAGAGCAGCCUACAGAUCAUCAUCAUCGUCACGUCAAGAUCGACGGCCACGAUCCGACGAUCAUCUCCAUGCAAUACGGCGACGGUCAUGAUCAUCGUCAUCACAUGAUGAUCAUGGCGAGUGCCGUGCACAUGGAUUCAUCUUGCUCAUCGUCAACAAUAUCCUUGCAGGCUAGUACUAAUAGUACCACGGCUUGCGGCGGCACCGGCACCGGUAACAAUUACCAAUUUGACCCUUUUUAUAAUGUGCUUGGUCACUAUAGUCGCCAUGACAUGAGCCAUGCAGAUAGUAAUUUGUUCAACGUGAUGCCCUCUGCAUGCUUAUCUCAAGUUGGAGGGUUUGAUGAUCAUGAUCGUGUUAGCCUUGGGCCGGAUUAUGGGGUUUUGGAGGAAUAUGGUAAAAUGGCCGGCCAAUUGGAAAUUAGGGACUUUUCUCUGAUUCCACCAUUGGAAAGUAGAAUUAGCAACAACAAUAAUAUUGAAGAGAAUAAAAAUAAUAGUAUUGCUCCUAUUGAUCAUAUCAAGGGAAAUAGUAGUAGUACUAUUAUGAGCAGUGCUUAUAACAACCACAACAACAACAACAACCACUUGAUGAAUAAUUAUAGUAGUGGUGGAAUAUUGGGGUUUGGAAGUAAUAUUGGGCAAUUGCAAGGAGAAAACUUAAAAAUGGGAGAAUGGGAUUUGGAAGGUUUGAUACAAGAUAUAUCUUCCUUUCCUUUUCUUGAUUUCCAAGUUUAAUAUCUGGCCACGUGUACAACCUUUUUUGAACCACUUCUUAUACCCCACAUCUUCCUUCUUAAUAUUGAUCAUCAUCCUAGCUCUUCAUUAUUUCUUCUUCCCCUUCAUUAAAGC